ACAUGCACAUGGGAUCCGCACGCCAUGAAUUGAUGACCAACAAAGUCAAUCCUGUAAUUAACUCUCACUUUCCUCAUUUGCAACACAAACAACAAAAAAUCACCAUCAUCCCAAUUCAAUCAAUGUUUGUUUCUAUCUACACCCCUCAUUUUACUGGUGGCACCCCACUUCCUCCUCCUCCUCCUCCAUUAAUCAUUCAUCUUCAUCUACUUCAACAACCAUGAAACUUUUGAACCCAAACCCAUUUCCCUUUUCUUCUCAAUCUCAGACCCAACAUAUGGAACAACAAUCUUCACCUACAAACCUUAAAGUUCAUAUUGCUGUUGGUAAAUCACUUCACAAAACCACCACUUUGCUUCAAUGGACUUUUAACCACUUUCAAAACGCUGAAAUUGUAUUAAUUCAUGUUUAUCAACCUUCUCCUUUUAUACCCACUUUGUUGGGGAAAAUGCCAGCAUCCCAGGCUAAUCCUGAAGUGGUAUCUGCUUUUAGAAGAGAGGAAAGAGAACAGACUAUGAGGUUUACUGAUAAGUAUUUGAGCAUUUGCUUUGCAGCUAAGGUAAAGGCGAGCGUUAUUGUAACGGAAGCUGACAAAAUCCAAAAAGGAAUUGUUGAUUUGGUUGUUAAACAUAAUAUUAGGAAGCUUGCCAUUGGAGCGGCAUCGGAAAAUUUCAUGAAAGUGAAAAGGAAUUCUGGGAAAGCAAAUUACACUUCCAAACAUGCUCCCCUGUUCUGUGAAUUAUGGUUUAUAUAUAAAGGCAGACACAUUUGGACAAGAGAGGCUUCUGAAACACCAUGUUCUUUGUCUUCACAUGCUCAACCAGAUAUCGCAGCCACAGAAAGCUUGAGAUGUCGAUCUUUUCAGUAUGGUAAGAAUGAACUACCCCAUUUGGAACGUCUUCAACCAAAUUCUGCUAGAACUACAGUAUGUUCUGGAAUUAGAAGCUUGGAUCUGGGUGAAAUCAUAGAAACCGAAGCCACUAAUUCAUCCAAAUCAUCCAGUUGUAGCAGUUAUUGUUCUCCCCAAAAUUCUGCUGAGGUUUGUCUAGAUAAGUAUUCAGAGGUCAUGGAAGAAAGAAUUAACAGUCAACUUAUUGAGACCAAUAGAGAAGCUGAGGCAGCAACAGAUGAGUCCUUUGCCGAACUAUUGAAGUGCAGGAGGUCGGAAGUCAAAGCCAUGGAGGCCAUAAGGAAGGUCAAUUUAUUUGAAUCUGCUCAUGCACAUGAGUUGGAGCUCAGAAAAGAGGUAGAGGAUGCACUUAGAGUUACCAUACUAGAACAACAAAAGCUCGUAGAAGAGAGUGAAGAUAUUUCCGGUAAUCUACAAAUGACCAUGAGAAAUGUGGCACUACUAGAUACCCGUGUUAAGGAAACAACCCGUAGGCGAGAUGAAGCUUCACACGAACUCUUGCUAAUUCAAACUUCCAUAUCAACCUUGUGGCAAGAAAGGCAGCAGAUCCGGAGACAGAAAAUGGAAGCCCUUCGCUGGCUGGAACGGUGGAAAAGUCGUGGGCAAGUCGGAGCAGCUCAUUACAACGGAGUCAUAGGGUUUGCAGAAGAACUUCCAGAGUUAGCAGAAUUUUCAUUAUCAGAUAUUGAAAAUGCUACAUGUAAUUUUUCCAAGAGCUUUGAAAUUGCGCAAGGUGGAUUUGGUUGUAUAUAUAAGGGGGAAAUGUUGGGUAGAACUGUUGCUAUAAAGAAGUUCCACCAACAUAAUGUGCAAGGACCAGCAGAGUUUCAUCGAGAGGUACAAAUUCUUAGUAGUCUCCAACAUCCUCAUUUAUUGACUUUGCUUGGUGUUUGCCCCGAAGCCUGGUCAAUAGUAUAUGAGUACCUCCCUAACGGAACUCUUCAAAACUACCUAUUCCGAAAAAGUAACAUCAUCCCUUUGACAUGGAAUAUCAGAGCACGAAUGAUUGCCGAAAUUUCCAGUGCACUAUGCUUCUUACAUUCUUUUAAACCGGACGCUAUUAUCCAUGGUGAUCUGAAGCCUGAGACUAUACUUCUUGAUUCUUCACUUAGUUGCAAGAUAUGCGAAUUCAGGUACAGCAGGCUUGUGACAGAGGAGUCUCUCUAUAGUCCCAGUUUCCACUUGAGCACUGAGCCAAAGGGUGCUUUCACAUAUACAGAUCCUGAGUUUCAGCGAACUGGGGUACUAACACCCAAGUCUGACAUCUACUCCUUUGGACUUAUUAUUUUGCAACUCCUCACUGGUAGAACCCCAGUUGGAUUAACAGUUCUAGUUCGCCAUGCAGUUUCAUGUGGAAAAUUGUCUUCGAUUCUUGAUUCUUCAGCUGGAGAAUGGCCUUCAUCUGUGGCAUCACGGUUGGUUGAACUGGGUUUGCAAUGUUGUGCGCAAAAUUGCAGAAACAGACCAGAGUUAACACCUACUCUUGUGAGAGAAUUGGAACAGUUACAUGUUUCAGAAGAGAGACCCGUGCCAUCUUUUUUCUUAUGUCCAAUCCUUCAGGAAAUAAUGCAUGAUCCUCAAAUUGCGGCAGAUGGAUUUACAUAUGAAGGGGAUGCCAUACGUGAAUGGUUGGAAAAUGGGCAUGAUACUUCGCCAAUGACUAAUUUAAAGUUGAGUCACUUGGUUCUCACUCCCAAUCACUCAAUUAGACUUGCCAUCCAAGACUGGCUCUGCAAAUCAUAAAGGUACAUCAAUUCGUUUAGGCUAAAGAACACUUUUUAUCCCCCUCAAGUUUAAGGCUAGUUUCUUUUGCAGCCACACAAUUUUCACCGUUGUCAAUAUACCCCGUAUCCGAUGAUGUUAAAUUGGUUUUGAUCCCAACCCGUUAGUUAGUCAACUUUAGUUGCCGCCUUGCUGGGAAUUGCCUGUGUUACACAAUUCAAGUACAUACAAAAAAUAAAUUUAGCCACAGUUUCCAGCCGAGAGAGCAAAGAAAGAAAAAGGUGAAUGCAAAAGAUGGUCAUUGCCUGAGUACCUGUCAUUCUAUUAGGAUUCAUCAUUCUCAUAAAAGUAACCAUUUAUGUGGGUUGUUGACAAAAAGUAGCCCUUUGUGUAUGUUAACCAAUAUAUGUAUAUGCUAUUUUUGCAUUGUUCUUCUGUAAUCUUUCUAGUUUCAUCAUUUACAAGUGUUCAAUGUUAGAAGGUUGGUUUUAUCGCAUGUUUGGUAAAUCCUUUUAUACGAUAGAACAUUAGAUUUUAUAGAAUCUUCUACAGAAAUAUUGAGUGUAGACUCUAGUGCUGAUAGUGCAUAAUAAUAAAUAACCUGUCAUUGUACAAAAUCAUAAUUCAUAAGGAAUGGUUGGCUCGACUAA